GCAGGCGCGGCGUCGGCGCAGGCGCGGGGCCGGGCGGGGCGAUGGCGGGGCCGCUGGCGGGGCCGCUGGCGGGGCCGGGCGGAGCGAUGGCGGGGCCGGUGAGCCUGCGGGAGCUGCUGCUGGCCGGCGGCGAGCCGAGCGGGGCGGCGACGGCUGCGGCUCCCGGAGAGGAGGAGGUGUGCGUGGUGGGCAUCUUCGGCAAAACCGCGCUGCAGCUGUGCUCGGAGAAAGCGGCCCUGGUGAGCACCGUGUGCGACCGGCAGGUGUUCCCCCUCUUCGAGCGGGAGGAGGCCGAGGAGGCGGGCGGCGGCGCGGGGCGGGAGGGCGAGGCGGCCGGCAGGGACUACAACCACCUGCAGGCGUACUACAGCCAGGAGAGCCGCGUGCUGUACCUCGUGCUCACCUCCAUCUGCGAUACGCCGCAGCUGCUGCGGGCGUGCGGGGACCUGGCCGCGGCCGAGAGCCGGGAGAACGGCCCCGGAGUGCCGCUGCCCCACGCCGAAGCGCACGAGUUCUGGAAGCACCAGGAGAAGCUGCACUGUCUCAGCCUCCUUUACCUGUUCUCCGUGUGCCACAUCCUGCUGUUGGUGCACCCGACCUGCUCCUUCGACAUCACCUACGACCGCGUCUUCAGGGCGCUGGAUGGGCUGCGGCAGAAGGUGCUGCCCUCCCUGAAGGCGGCCAUCAAGGACUGCCCCGUGGGUAAGGAGUGGAAGCUGAACUGCAGGCCCUGCCCGCCGCGCCUGCUCUUCCUCUUCCAGCUGAAUGGGGCCCUGAAGGUGGAUCCCCCCCCGGGCAGGGGCCAGGACCCCUGCGGCCACCUGGAAAAGCCCCCCCCCAAGAAGCACUCCCCCAAGAGGCGGCUGCAGCACGCCCUGGAGGACCAGAUCUACCGUAUCUUCCGUAAGAGCAGGGUGCUGACCAACCAGAGCAUCAACUGCCUGUUCACCGUGCCUGCCAACCAGGCCUUCGUGUACAUCGUGGCCGGUGGGGCGCAGGACGGGGAGGAUCCCGUGGCCAUGCUUCUCGAUCAGCUCAGGAGCAACUGCACCAUGAGAGAGACGGACUCCCUGCUGGCUCCCACCCUGUCGGGACCCCGGAGGUACCAGAUGAUGCGCCACGGCAGGCAGCAGCUCUCCUUCCAUGCAGAGAGCAGCAGCAGCAGCUCCAGUUCCUCGGGGCAGCUGGUGGACUGCACCCUGAAGGAGUUCUUGUGGCAGCACGUGGAGCUGGUGCUCAGCAAGAAGGGCUUCGAUGACAGCGUGGGGAGGAACCCGCAGCCCUCUCACUUUGAGCUCCCGACCUACCAGAAGUGGGUCGCUGCAGCUCUGAAGCUGUACGAAGUGACCAUCGAAGGCAAAGACGAUGACCCGACUUCUCUCACUGGCGAACUGAGCUCAAAAAUCAUGGGCAGCAUCAAAGUUCUGGAAGGCUAUUUAGAUAUAGACACCAAGUUCUCCGAGAACCGUUGCCAGAAAGCCCUCCCCAUGGCCCACAGUGCCUACCAGUCCAACCUGCCCCACAAUUACACCAUGACGGUCCAUAAGAACCAGCUGGCUCAGGCCUUACGUGUGUACAGCCAGCACGCCCGCGGCCCGGCCUUCCAUAAGUACGCCAUGCAGCUGAAUGAGGACUGCUACAAGUUCUGGAGCAACGGGCACCAGCUUUGUGAGGAGCGAAGCUUGACUGACCAGCACUGCGUGCACAAGUUCCAUUUGCUUCCCAAAGCAGGGGAGAAGCCAGAAGCAGACAGAAAUCCCCCAAUCCUGUACCACAACAGCCGGGCUCGUUCCACUGGCGCCUGUAACUGUGGAAGAAAGCAAGCUCCUCGUGAUGACCCCUUUGACAUCAAAGCAGCUAAUUACGACUUCUACCAGCUGCUGGAAGAAAAAUGCUGUGGGAAACUGGAGCACAUCAAUUUUCCCAUAUUUCAGCCAAGCACACCUGAUCCAGCACCUGCGAGAGACGAGGCAUCGCCUGCCCCUCCGGAGGGCGAAAUUGAGAAGCUUAAAGAGAAAGAACCUCAGACUCAGGGUGAAAGCACAGGUCUGAGCUUAGCCCUCAGCCUGGGGCAGUCAACGGGCAGCUUGGGCACUUACCCACCGGAUGCCCAGGGCGGAGGGGACAAUGCAGAAGGUCAGGGGCAGAGUGGGGAGUCCAAAAGUGAGAAAAGGCCGAGCCUGGUGGAUCGCCAGGCAUCCACUGUGGAGUACCUCCCUGGGAUGCUCCAUUCCAAUUGCCCCAAAGGCCUUCUGCCGAAAUUCUCCAGUUGGUCACUGGUUAAACUGGGGCCUGCUAAGGCUUACAACUUCCACACAGGCCUAGACCAGCAAGGCUUUAUCCCGGGAACAAACUACUUAAUGCCUUGGGACAUUGUCAUCAGGACAAGAGCUGAAGACGAAGGAGACUUGGAUACCAAUUCCUGGCCUGCUCCUAACAAGGCCAUUCCUGCAAAAAGGAGUGCAGUUGUGAUGGGAAGAGGAAGGCGGAGAGAUGACAUAGCUCGAGCUUUUGUAGGAUUUGAAUAUGAAGAUGCACGUGGUAGGAGGUUCAUGUGUUCAGGGCCUGAUAAGGUCAUGAAAGUGAUGGGAGGGGGGCCGAAGGAGUCCGCCAUCAAAGCCCUCAAUUCUGACAUGCCACUCUACAUCCUGUCCUCGACUCAGGGACGGGGACUCAAGCCCCAUUAUGCUCAGUUCAUGAGACUCUUUGUGGUGGUUCCCGACGCUCCGCUGCAAAUAACGCUGACGCCUCAGGUUCAGCCCGGCCCCCCCCCUUGCCCUGUGUUCUACCCCGAGAAGCAGGAAAUCACGCUUCCAUCGGACGGGCUGUGGGUGCUCAGGUUUCCCUACGCGUACGUGACGGAGCGCGGGCCGUGCUUUCCUCCAAAGGAGAGCCAACAGCUGAUGAGCUACAAAGUUCUCCGAGGGAUACUGAAGGCGAUGACGCAGUAAGGAGUGCUCUGGGAGGUGGGUUGGAGGUUAAAAAGACGAUCCCAGAUCCAAAUCAUGGAUUUAUAGCCGUGGGUGUCCCUGAUUUUGUGAGUCCCACUGCAUUUCCCAGGAACACAGACUGGAAAUAAAGCCCAAGUGAAGAAGGGAAGCCAAAAAAAGAGAGAUUUUCUGUUUAUUAAGGUUUUGUAUGUGAAAAUAAAAGCUGGUUAUCGCAGUA